ACCGCGUUGCCAACUAUCGCAAAGAUGAAUCAGCUGCGUUUCUCCCAAAAACUGUGUUCCACCGUUUUCCCGACAAUUAAUUCAUUUAAUCAAGCACCGAGAAGAGGACGAACCAAUUGAAAGCAAUAAGCGAUGGAUUUCACGACCUUCGUUAAGCCCACAAACGGAGGUGGCGAUGCCGAAGCUAGCAACAAGUCUCUGCAGUUCUGGAAGCAUGUCGAGUACAUUGAGAAUCAUGGAAAACAGGAGGACGACUACGAAUACUGUAUGACAGAGUUCUUGCGCAUGUCGGGCAUAUACUGGGGCACCACUGCCCUGGACAUAAUGGGUCAGCUGGAUCGCUUGGAACGAAAGUUCAUCAUUGACUUUGUGAAGCGGUGUCAGUGCCCCACCACUGGAGGAUUCUCUCCCUGCGAGGGUCACGAUCCCCAUUUGUUGUAUACCCUGUCGGCGGUGCAAAUCCUGUGCACCUACGAUGCUCUGGAUGAGAUUGAUUGUGAUGCUGUGGUGCGUUUCGUCGUAGGAUUACAGCAACCGGACGGCAGUUUCUUCGGAGACAAGUGGGGCGAAGUGGACACUCGAUUCAGUUUCUGUGCCGUGGCCACACUGACGCUGCUCCAGCGCCUGGAGCAGAGCAUUGAUGUGGAGAAGGCGGUCAAGUUCGUACUAUCCUGCUGCAAUCAGACAGAUGGUGGUUUUGGAUCCAAGCCGGGAGCCGAGUCGCAUGCAGGCCUCAUCUACUGCUGCGUGGGUUUCUUCUCGCUAACGAAUCGUUUGCACCUCCUGGACGUGGACAAGCUGGGCUGGUGGCUGUGCGAGCGUCAGCUGCCGUCAGGCGGUCUUAACGGCCGGCCGGAAAAGCUGCCUGACGUCUGUUACUCCUGGUGGGUGCUCGCUUCAUUGACCAUUAUGGGUCGCCUGCACUGGAUCAGUUCCGAGAAGCUCCAGCAGUUCAUCCUCUCUUGCCAGGAUUUGGAAACUGGUGGCUUCUCCGAUCGCACUGGCAACAUGCCCGAUAUAUUCCACACCCUGUUUGGCAUCGGUGGCCUGUCGCUGCUUGGACAUUCCGGCUUGAAGCCCAUAAACCCAACGCUAUGCAUGCCGCAGUAUAUUAUAGAUCGGCUAGGCAUUAAGCCACAGAUACUGGCGAGGUCGUGAGAACCUUUGUUUUAGUUUAUUUGUAGACCUCUCCUCCCCCAAUCGUUUUUUACCAAAAUUCCAACAACAAGACCUUGUCUCUACACAGAAU